AUGUCUGAUCCUAGCGACCGAUCUUCGGAGUCCAUGCCCGGCCCCGAAACCUCUGGUCUGAAGCCCUUGUCCAAUGUCGAGGAUAUGGCCCUGCCGAACCCCAGCAAUAGCGACCUGUCUCGCUUCAUGAGCCGCGCCGGAAUUUCUCUGUCCAAUGGUUUCCCCCUGGAAGACGACGAUGAGAUUGACGAGGAGGUGGAUGAGGACUACGUCGCUGUCGACCAGGAUGAUGCCAAUGACUACCCUGUUUGGUUCCGCCGUCCCCGACUCAUCACCGCACCAAGCUCGAUGAAUUGCACCCCUUCGUUCAGCUGCUCUCCGCGUCUAAUGUCGAAGACUGUAUCGCGGUCGAGCAAGCCUUCCCUGAGAAUGAGCGCUGCUCGCGUGACAAACCCCCCCGCGACACUGAUCGGCCACAUCAUUGCCACCCGCACUUCGGAGCCCUGUGUCACCGACCGUUCCAUGAAGCUCCCUUCCAAGUGGCAAGGCGAGCGUUGGACCUUUGAGGAUGGAGAGGCUGUUGGUCACGAGGAGGGUGGCGGUACCAUCGCUAUCCACUCUUUGGCCGUACUGGAAGAGCACCAGGGCAAGCAAGUUGGCAGCACCCUGAUGAAGUCGUAUAUCCACCGUAUUCGGGAAGCUCAGAUUGCCGACCGGAUCGCGAUCAUCGCUCACGACCAUCUGGUAGAUUUCUACAAGUCAUUUGGAUUUGAGGACCGUGGUGAGAGCAAGUGCCAAUUUGGUGGCGGUGGUUGGAGAGAUCUGAUCUUGGAGCUUCCUCAAGAGCCGCUGCAGAACUAA